AUGAAAAAUAUAAAGUUUUCUCAAGAUUGUACUACUGAUAGCUUGGGGAUAUCAAGAACAACAUUAUCAAAGACAUAGAUAUCUCUAAAUAAAGCCCUUACAUUAAGAGAAUUACGUUAACCUUAAACAGAUAGAACAGAAAGUAAUUAAUAAACUCCUCAUAAUCAUUUACCAGAAUUGAAAAUGAAACAAACUAAAUCUAAAAGAUAGAUUGGAUAAAGACUUACAAAGAAAUGUACAAGAUCAAGUGAUUUCUUUAAUGUUUAUAAGGCACCUGAAGCUUUAUAAACAAAUCCUGAAACCUUAAAAAAAUAAUCUCGAAUUUACAAAAUGACAUAAUAUAUAAUUUAACAAUAUAAUGAAGAUAUUAAAGCCAUUAGAGAUUCAUAAGAUUAUGAUGAAAUUAUAGCUGAAUAGAAAGUUUCUAGAUAUUUAACUGAAGCAUGGGUAAGUAUGGAAUAACUUAUAUAAAAUUUAACUGGUUUAUUAGCUUAUAAAUUUAAUAGAAAUGAAUGUGAAUAAUAAAUGAAAGAUAUAUUACUUGAAUGUUUCAAAUAAAAAAACAUUUGUAUUCAUUAAAGAAUUUUAUAUAUUUUUGGAAAAAUAGAAUAAUUGUUUUAUAAUCCUAUAUAAGGAGCUAUAUAUUUUAAAAUAUGUAAAAGAUUAUCAGAUACAGAUGCUCAUUAUAGCAAUAAAAUGAAAGCAUAUAGAGGUUUAGGUGAGUGUCUUUUAAGAAUCUAUCCAAAAUUAAGUUAAUUGUAUUUCACUAAAUAUUUAAUGGCAGCUUGGAAACUUAAAUAAAAAAAUGAUGAAUUACUUGCUUAUGAAUUACUUGGUAAAUAUUAUUUUUAUGUUGGAUAAAUUGAAAAGGCAAAAUUAUUUCAUGAUAGAAUGAUUAAUGGAAAUUGUGAAGUAAAUUCUAAUCUUUUUAUUAGGAUGAAAAUUCAAGAGUUCGUUUAUUAGCAUUAAGUCGAUUAGAACAAGGAAGUUUAUCUAAUAAAAUUAAUAAAGAUCAUCUUAUUGUUGAUAUUGAAUAAGUUUCAUCAGAUGAUGAAUGUUAUGAAAUUGUAUUUCCUUAAAAAUCUGAAAAUAUUCUAUCUAAAUAUUAUGUUGAAAAGUAUUUUUAAAAGAAAAUACCUGAUAUUAAACUUGUUAAAGAUGAAGCUAAUUUAAAUAUUAGAUAAACUGAUAAAAAAUAUAAUUCUUAACUUUUAAAUAAUGAUAAUUAUGAAUCCUCUAAAUUAGUUGUUUCUAAUCCUCAUUAAAGUCUUGGUUCAAUUAAGGAUAAGGUAUUGAUUAGUCAUAUGACACCAAAUAGAAAAUUGGAAAUGUAUUAAUAUAUUGCAUUAGCCAGUGAUAAAACUGGUUUUAACAAUUCCCCAAGAUAUGAAGGUCUUUAUAAUAAAUAUGAAGGAAUUAAAUUUAAUAAAAUUAUAAACAGAACUGUUGAAUAAUUCCAUAAUAUCCAAUAAUGGAUUGUUUCUCAAGAAAAAACUCCUACUUUACCAUCACCACCUAUUAGAAGAAAAGGAUACUUUCUAGUUUGA